AUUUUUUUAAAAAUUAAAUUUUCUGAAUAAACCUAAAGAAAUGUAAAAUAAAGAAAGCAGUGAAUAGUAUAAACAUUUAGUAAAGUUAGCGAUCAUUUAUUUAAAUUGUUACUAAUAGGUACAAGUGGAGUUGGAAAAUCGUGUAUGUUAAUGAGAUAUGUCGAUAAUAAUUUUACUAAUAACUUUUAUAAUACGAUAGGAGUGGAUUUUGUAAUUUAUUAUUUUAAGAAUUAGAAAAUCAAAUCGAUAUUCUUAGAGAAUAAAAAUAUAAAGUUGUAGAUAGUAAAAAUAUAUUAAAUAUAAUUAGUGGGAUACAGCAGGUUAAGACAGAUUUAGAACAAUCACAUGUAGUUAUUAUCGGUAAUGAAUAUUUUGAAAAAAUAGAGGAGCACAUGGGAUAAUAAUAGUUUAUGAUAUAACAGACAGAGAAUCAUUUGACUCUGUAAAGAUGUGGAUGUCUGAAAUUGAUAAGUAUUGUUAUAGAAUAUAUACAUAGGUAUGCUUAAGAAGAUGUGAUAAGGAUGUUGGUAGGAAACAAAUGUGAUAUGGAGGACAAAAGAGCUGUGUCUUAUGAGGAAGGUGAGGCAUUAGGUAGUAUUCUUAAUGAAUAUAAGCAAAACAAUUAAAAUUGUAAUUCAUAGAAACUUCAGCCAAAUUAUCAACUAACAUAGAAUAAUCCUUUUUGACUAUUGCUAAAAAUGUUCUUGAGAAAAGUUAGAAUUCUGUUAAAGCAGAUUCAGCCUAAAAUAUGAAAAUAGGAUAGAUAACAUAAACCUAGGUAAUAGGAAAUACAAAUAAAAAAAGUUCACAAUGUUGUUGAAUAAUAAUUAUUAAAAUUAAAUA